AUGGCUUCCUUCUCCACAUCCGUUGUCGCUUCUUCGGCUUCGUCGCGUUUAUGGCAACCUGCUUCCACCGAGAAAGUUAGCGCUCCUUCUGCUUCGAUUUCUCUCCGUACCGGUUCGAGAAGGAGCCCGUUCUCUCUCAGCUCUUCCGCUUCCGCAUCCGCUUCUUCUCAGCUUCUCCAUUGCUCGUUUCUCUCUUCGUCUCUCUCCCUUUCGUCCAAAUUCUCUGGUUUGUCCGUUGCGUUUGACAUCAGCAGUGGAACAUGUGGAGGGAAUGGGCAGAAACGGAGAGGCCUUGUGGUGAGAGCUGGGAAAGCUGCACUGUGUCAAACGAAGAGAAGCAGAUCAAGAAAAUCUCUGGCUAGGACUCAUGGUUUCCGUCUGAGGAUGAGAACCACUAGCGGCAGAGCAACCAUCAAGCGUCGACGUGCUAAGGGACGCUGGAAUCUCUGCCCUAAGUCCAACCCUAGCAGCGGCAAACGUGCUUAA